AUGGAUCCGAAUAAACCCCAGUAUUUCCUUCAUCCAGGUGCCUAUGAUCCGGCAACUCUCACCGGCGCAAAGCUGCAAGUAUUGACUGGUGCACCGAUGACCGUGGUAGCAGCGGUGCAAAAAGCCCAGCAGCAGCAUGUCGCAGCUACGCUUGCAAAUGUUGUCGGCGCACCUGUUGCUGUGAAUAUUGACAUACAAGCUCUAACUGAUAUGGCUCAUCGUGAAUACCAGGCUGGUGAUUAUUUGAAUGCCGAACAGCAUUGCUCCGCAAUCUGGCGCGCCGAUCCAAACAACGUUGGUGUGCUGCUCCUUCUCUCGUCCAUACAUUUUCAGUUAAAAAAUUUGGACAAGUCUAUGCAAUUUUCAACACUGGCCAUUAAAGCAAAUCCGAAUUGUGCGGAAGCUUACAGUAAUUUAGGCAAUGUGUUCAAGGAAAGAAAUCAACUUACUGAUGCAUUAGAAAAUUAUAAAAUAGCUGUACGACUGAAACCGGAUUUCAUCGAUGGAUAUAUCAAUCUAGCAGCAGCACUGGUGGCAGCUGGCGAUCUGGAACAAGCUGAGUUGUACUGUGUACGAAGCGAUCUUGGCAAUUUGCUGAAAGCAAUGGGACGACUUGAGGAAGCUAAGAUUGAAUAA